AUGGCAUGGCGAUUAAUAUGUGAUCGUGGUCAACAAGUAUGGAAAUAUUUAAAAAAUGAAAAUUCAACUUCAAUUGAUUUUGAUAAAGAAAAUUCAAAUAGCGCCGAUAAAGUUUAUCGAGCAUAUGCAAUUCAACAAAAUUAUAAACCAUUAGAUAUUGAUGAAAGUCAAUAUGAAACAUUAAAGAUUCUAAUAUUCAAUGAAGAAUUUUCUGUGUCAGCAGUAAAAAGUGUGUUAAAUACAAUAAAUUAUUAUUCAUCAUUACAAGUUGAAGAUGGCCAUUGGCCUGGAGAUUAUGGUGGCCCAAUGUUUUUAUUACCUGGUGCAAUAAUUACAGCUCAUGUAACUAAAUUUUAUUUUACAGAAGAACAAAAAUAUCAAAUGAUUAGAUAUUUAUUUAAUCAUCAAUUAGAUGAUGGUGGAUGGGGAACUCAUAUUGAAAAUAAAUCAACUAUGUUUGGUACUGUUUUAAAUUAUAUAUCAUUAAGAUUAUUAGGAAUUCAUUUUGAUGAUCAACGCAUACAAAAUGCUUAUAGUUUUAUUCAACGUGAAGGUGGCGCUAUGUAUGCACCAAGUUGGGCUAAAUUUUGGUUAUGUGUAUUAGGAGUAAUGCCGUGGGAAGGUAUUAAUUCAUUAUUUCCUGAAUUGUGGUUACUACCUGAAUGGUUACCUGUUCAUCCUUCUCGAUAUUGGUGUCACUGUCGAAUGGUUUAUGUACCGAUGAGUUAUGUUUAUGCUGAAAAAAUUGUUGGAGAAACAUCGUCACUUAUUAAAGAAUUACAAAAUGAAUUAUAUGUUGAUAAUUAUGAAAAUAUUGAUUUUACAAAACAUCGAAAUACAAUAAGUUCAUUAGAUUUAUAUGCACCUCAAACAACUUUACUAAAAAUAUUAAAUUUUUUUACCAAUGCAUAUGAAAAUCUUUAUAAUCGUCAAUUACGAAAUAAAGCAAGUGAAUUUUUGAUCAAUUAUAUCGAAGCAGAAGAUGAACAAACAAAUUAUAUUGAUAUUGGUCCUGUGAAUAAAUUUAUUAAUAUGCUAUCAAUAUGGCAUUCAAAAGGACGUCAAAGUAAACAAUUUGAAUUACAUUUAAAUCGAGUAAACGAUUAUUUAUGGUUAAGUGAAGAUGGAAUGAAAGUUCAAGGUUAUAAUGGAUCGCAAUUAUGGGAUACAGCUUUUUCAAUUCAAGCAAUUUUAGAAACAGGAUUAGCACACUUGUAUAACAAUUGUCUCAAUUCAGCUUAUAAUUAUUUAGAUAUAAGUCAAGUUUUAGAAGAUGUUAAAGAUUACAACACAUUCUAUCGUCAUAUAUCAAAAGGUGGAUGGCCUUUUUCAACAAGAGACCAUGGCUGGCCAAUAACAGAUUGUACUGCUGAAGGACUUAAAACAACAUUAUUAUUACAUGAACAAAUAUUUAAUUGUCCACGUACAAUAACAUCUGACCGUUUAGAAUAUGCUGUUGAUUUUAUUCUCAGUACUCAAAAUAAAGACGGUGGAUGGGCAUCAUAUGAACUUCAACGUUCAGGAUCUUGGAUAGAAUAUUUAAAUCCUGCUGAAGUUUUCAAAGGAAUAAUGGUUGAUUAUUCUUAUGUAGAAUGUACUUCGGCUUGCGUACAAUCAUUAUGUAAAUUUCGUUUACAAAUUCAUUGUUCUAAUUAUCGACGAAAGGAAAUUGAUGUUUCAGUUCGUCGCGGUAUUGAAUUUAUCAAAAACUCGCAGCGAAUAGAUGGAAGUUGGUAUGGAAGUUGGGCAGUUUGUUUUACAUAUGGAACAUGGUUUGCUAUUGAAGCUUUAGUUACUGCUGGAGAAUCAACUAAAUCCAAAAUAAUUAAUGAAUCUGUAAAAUUUUUACUAUCAAAACAAAAUUUAGAUGGAGGUUGGGGUGAAUCUUAUUUAAGUUGUGUUUACAAAUCAUAUAUUCAUCAUGAACAGUCUCAAGUUGUUAAUACAGCUUGGACAGUUUUAUCAUUAAUGUCAGCAAAAGCAGAUUCAAUUGCAAUUCAAAAAGGAAUUCGAUUUAUUAUCAAUAAACAAUGUUCAAAUGGAGACUGGAAUCAACAAGGCAUCAGUGGAGUUUUUAAUGGAAAUUGCAUGAUUAGUUAUACUAAUUAUAGAAAUAUUUUUCCUAUUUGGGCUCUUGGUAGACUUAUUAAAAAUAAUUCUACAAAAUAA